ACAAUUCAAAUGACAGUCAGAAGAUGGACAACUCCGAAUCUGCGGACGCUGCUGAACCGGCGGAAAAAAAGAUGAAAUUGGACGAGAAUGGUGAAUUAAAAUCGUGUAAACACUACGUUAAGCGGAAGAAGCGAUUCUGUAAAAUGACAGUGGCUAAGGGAAAAGAAUAUUGCGGUGAACAUUUGUCAGAAGCUGCCGAGAAUCUGAGCGAGACGACUCCCGAUCGGAUCCCUUGUCCCCUGGACCCAAAACACUCGGUUUAUUCGAAAAAUUUGAGAAAACAUUUGAAAAUAUGUAAUGCGCGACCUAAAGAGCAGCCUCCGUAUAUAGUUAGCGGGAUAAAUUUGGGCGAGCCGGUGGAAGACGACCCCAGCGACAGUUGGAAGCUCUCAGAAUUCAGCUCGGAGCAUGUGAUGGACCUAAUUGGCCGCGUGGAGAAAGUUUACAAAGACGAAAUCGAAGCGAAGAUUACUGAAUCAUACUUAGAACAUGACAUCCUAGCGGAGGAAGUUGCCAAAACUGAAUACGGUCACGAGACUAUGAAACACUUAAUACAGACAUCCUCGAUUUUGGGGUGUCUGCGGGAUCUUGGACUGCUGCAGCCAAAGACGAGUUUCAUCGACUUCGGCUCUGGAAAGGGACAACUUUCGUAUUGGCUGGCACGUGCCAUCGAAGGGCUGGACUCUGCCAAUGUAGUCCUCCUCGACAGAGCAUCGCAUCGUCACAAGAAAGAUAACAAAAUUGAAGAUAAAUCCUUCAUCCACAGAAUCCGAGCUGAUAUAGCUGACUUUGAUGUCCGCAAAUUAGAUCUUCUGUCCGAGAAACAAGUCGUUAUCGUAAGCAAGCAUUUGUGCGGUAUUGCAACCGAUUUGGCGCUGAGAUGUAUGGUGAAAGGCUUGAUGGAAUCCCAAGAUACGAAAGCGGCACAAAUGAAAGGGUUCUUGAUUGCCCUCUGUUGUCAUCACCGCUGCGAGUGGCGGUCAUACGUCGGCAAGGAAGAGUUUCUGAGAAAUGGUUUCAGUAGGAAGGAUUUCAACUUAUUGACAAAGCUUGUUAGCUGGGCUGUCUGUGGGUCUGGGAUGAGUCGGGAGCGGAGAAAAUUGAUGGAAGAAAGCAGAGUAAAUGAAGCAGAAACGAAUAACGAACAGAACGCGUUAGGGGAAGGAGAAAUUAGGAACAAAAUAUCGCCUGAAAGGAGAGCUGAAGUCGGAAAAAUGUGCAAACGAUUGAUCGAUUAUUGCAGGCUGCGAUUUAUGGAGAAGAACAAUUUCAGGACUAGCCUUAGGUAUUAUGUUAGGAACGAUGUAACCUUAGAGAAUGUGUGUUUAAUAGGGCAAUUUGUUACUGUUGACCAGUAAGGAAAAUAAAAGUGUUUUAGACCAUGAUUUA